CGGGGGUGCGCCUGGACGGCUACGCUCGCCUGGUCCAGCGGACCAUCCUCUGCCACCAGAACCCAGUGACGGGGCUGCUUUCAGCCGGGGCGGACCAUAAGGAUGCCUGGGUACGGGACAACAUCUACAGCAUCCUGGCAGUGUGGGGGCUGGGAAUGGCGUAUCGGAAGAAUGCGGACCGGGAUGAGGAUAAAGCCAAAGCCUACGAGCUCGAGCAGAAUGUUGUGAAGCUGAUGCGGGGACUCUUGCAGUGCAUGAUGAGACAGGUAGAUAAGGUAGAGAAGUUCAAACGCACUCAGAGUACCAAAGACUGCCUCCAUGCCAAGUAUAACUCUGCGACUUGUGCCACGGUGGUUGGGGAUGACCAGUGGGGGCAUCUACAAGUGGAUGCAACUUCCCUGUACUUGCUGUUCUUGGCACAGAUGACUGCAUCAGGGCUACGUAUUAUCUUCACCCUUGAUGAAGUUACCUUUAUCCAGAACCUAGUUUUUUACAUAGAAGCUGCCUACAAAGUUGCUGAUUAUGGAAUUUGGGAGCGUGGUGAUAAAACAAACCAAGGAAUCCCUGAACUGAAUGCAAGCUCCGUAGGGAUGGCCAAAGCUGCUUUGGAAGCAAUUGAUGAACUAGAUCUUUUUGGAGCUCAUGGAGGACACAAAUCAGUGAUUCAUGUUCUUCCUGAUGAAGUGGAACACUGUCAGUCUAUUCUGUACUCCAUGUUGCCAAGGGCAUCCACAUCAAAGGAGAUAGAUGCUGGCCUUCUGUCUAUUAUUUCUUACCCAGCUUUUGCAGUGGAGGAUGUAAACCUUGUUAAUGUAACCAAGAGUGAGAUCAUAUCCAAAUUGCAGGGCCGCUAUGGCUGCUGUCGCUUUCUCCGAGAUGGCUACAAGACACCCAGAGAGGAUCCAAGCAGGCUGCACUAUGAUCCUGCUGAGCUCAAGCUCUUUGAGAAUAUUGAAUGUGAGUGGCCGGUAUUCUGGACAUACUUCCUAAUUGAUGGAAUAUUUAAUGAGGACAAAAUCCAGGUACAAGAGUAUAGAGAGGCUCUGGAAGGAAUACUUAUUAGAGAGAAGAAUGGAUUAGUACUAAUGCCUGAACUGUAUGCAGUCCCUCCAGAAAAGGUGGAUGAGGAGUAUGAAAAUCCUCACUCGGUGGAUCGUGUCCCAGUGGGAAAGCUGCCACAUCUUUGGGGCCAAUCAUUGUAUGUCCUGAGCUGCCUGUUAGCAGAGGGAUUUCUUGCCGCAGGUGAAAUUGAUCCUUUAAACAGGAGAUUUUCCACUGGUUUUAAACCUGAUGUUGUGGUACAAGUAACUGUUUUGGCAGAAUCUAAUCAAAUUAAGACUCUUUUGCAAGACCGUGGAAUCGAUGUUCAGAGCAUUGCUGAUAUCCAUCCUCUCAGAGUGCAGCCAGCUCGCAUCCUCAGCAACCUCUACACCAUGCUGGGCCGGAAUAAGAACAUGAAAUUAAGUGGCCGACCACAUCGACACAUUGGAGUGUUGGGCACCUCCAAGCUCUAUGUGAUAAGAAAUCAAAUAUUUGCUUUUACCCCUCAGUUCACUGACCAGCAUCACUUCUAUCUGGCUCUAGACAAUCAGAUGAUUGUGGAGAUGCUCAAGACAGAGCUGGCUUACCUCACUUCAUGCUGGAGGAUGACAGGGAGACCAACCUUGACAUUUCCCAUCACCCACACAAUGCUUGUUGAUGAUGGUACUGACAUUCAUCCAGCAGUUCUUGCCACAAUAAGAAAAUUAGAAGAUGGUUAUUUUGGAGGUGCGAGAGUGAAGAUAGGCAAGCUAUCAGAAUUUCUUACCACCUCCUUUCAUACAUAUCUGAGCUUCCUGGAUCCAGACUGUGACCUAAAAUUGUUUGAUGACAGUAAUGACAGCUGUAAUAGUCCUGACAGUGAAUAUGGAGACUACCCAGCAGAUUUCUGUGAAAAAGAUAGCCAGGAUGAGCUGGAUCAGUAUAUAAAUGAUGUCCUGCAGAGCACAGCACUGAAGUCAUACCUGCCUCCAACUUCAAAGACAACAAGUCAGCCACCUGUGUUCAGUGCAAAUCAUUCCACAGAAGAGAUACUGUCAAUAAUGGCCAAGACAAAGGGCUUGGAAGUUCCAGCUAUGUCUAUGUCUCUUCCCACUAAAGUUCUGAACACACACCGAAAGUCUCUGAAUCUUGUUGAUAAUCCUCAUUUCUUUGAGACAAAGGACUGUGAAAAUGUUUUGCGCUUACCUAAAGAUGCUCAUGGUGAUUUGGAUUGCAGGAAGCUUGUUGAUCAGCUGAAGGAAUGUCCAACACUCCAUGAUCAAGCAGAUAUCUUGUAUAUCUUGCAUAUACUCAAAGGUGCUGACUGGGACACAGAGCUGGAUGGACAGUAUGGUGUCACUGUUCACUGCCUCCUCAAUGAGCUCUACAGAAAGGCAGGCCUUCAUCAGGAAUGGGGCUUAAUCCGUUACAUUUCUGGCAUCCUCAAAAAGAGAGUUGAAGUCCUGGCUGAGGCAUGCACAGACCUUCUGUCACACCACAAGCAACUUACAGUGGGCCUGCCACCAGAACCCCGUGAAAAAAUCAUUACCACCCCACUGCCACCUGAGGAGCUCACAGAUCUCAUUUAUGAAGCUAGUGGCCAAGACAUCAGUAUUGCGGUCCUGACACAGGAGAUAAUUAUGUACUUGGCAAUGUACGUCCGGUCACAGCCCAGUCUUUUUGUGGAGAUGCUCAGGCUCCGUUAUGGCAUUUGUCAUUUUGUUUUGUUUUAUUUUGUUUAACUAGGUGAAGAAGCUUCAGAGAGCUUGAUGAAUCUAAGCCCCUUUGAUAUGAAAAGUCUUUUACAUCAUAUCCUCAGUGGGAAAGAGUUUGGAGUGGAAAGGAGCUUGCGACCUGUAGAUUCUUCAUCAUCUAGCCCUGCAAUAUCUAUUCAUGAGAUGGGACAUUCUGGAGCAACCAAAACAGAAAGAAGUGGUAUUACUAAAUUGAAGAGUGAGAUGAAGCAGGUGAGGGUUUCUGCCAAUGCUCAUCAGAAAUUUUUCCCUGAAGGCCAGCAACUAACCAAAGCUUUAAUGUCCUUACAGAGGGGCAGUACUCCAUCAUCUCCCAUCAGUUCUUCUCCAACUGGCUCCAGUGGAGAUAUGAGCUGGGGUGACAGAAAAGGGCAGUGGCUGCGCAGAAGGAGGCUUGAUGGUGCUAUUAACAGAGUUCCUGUUGGCUUUUAUGAGAAAGUGUGGAAAAUCCUUCAGAAGUGCCAUGGUCUGUCCAUUGAUGGGUAUGUCCUUCCUUCUUCAACCACCAGAGAGAUGACCCCGUGCGAAAUCAAGUUUGCAGUGCACGUGGAGUCGGUGCUGAACCACAUCCCGCAGCCCGAGUACAGGCAGCUCCUGGUGGAAGCUAUUCUCGUCCUGACGUUCCUCUCCGACAUCGAGGUGAACAGCAUCGGGGGCAUCAUCCACGUGGACAGAAUCGUGCACAUGGCCAAUGACCUGUUUCUGCAGGAGCUGAAAUCAUUUGGAGCUACUGGUAGUAUCUUGGAGAAAGACCCAGCUACAGGAAUUUGCCACUUUUUUUAUGACAGUGCUCCCAGCGGAGCCUAUGGCACCAUGACUUACCUAACAAAAGCCAUUAUUAUUUAUUUACAUGAUUUCCUGCCCAGCACAGGCUGUGCAAUGCAGUAAGUGACGCCUCACACAGGAGGGAAGGCUCAGAGGCUCUUCCCCCUUAGCUCCCUGUCACAAACCCCUUGGCUGGUUGCUGCCUGAGUGUGUGCCAUGCACUCCCUCAGCAUUUGCCACUGUUGGGGAUGCUCUGUGCACACCUACUGGGGACAGGGAGCUGGAAUUUGGCCUGGUUUUAGGAGAGUGUGCAAGAAAUAACAAAUAAUGAGGCAUAUUCUGCCCAAAGUGCAUAAAUGUAAUUCAUAUUAAAUUAGCAAGAAUUAUACAGCUCUGCCAAGGGGAAAACAGAUUACUCUGUGGAGAUCAAAAGGCAUAAUAAAACGAGGGAGCUACAUCUUGGGCAUAGAGUCUCACAAAUAAGGGAAGUGAUGGAAUUCAUUAAUUUUUAUCCUGCUGUGUGUAAAUGUACAUCAUUGUGAAUCACUAAUGCACAGUGUGAAACAUCCAGGGAAAUGUAAAUUAGAGGAUUAAGAAUAACUUGAAAUAAUGUGGUGAUAUUUCUAAUACACUUUUAUCCUGAUUCCUAGUCAGUGCAGGGCUAAUGCCAGUAGGGACAAACAUCCUACAAUAUCCACUGAUUUGGGAGGAUAGCUUCUGUCAGGAAGCCACAUCUGUCUGUAAUCUGAAUAGCUUCCUUCCCUGCAUCCCCAAGACUUUGGAGGCAAAAUCUCAGGACUCCAGCUUCUCCAGUGUGACAGACAGUUUUAUGCCUGUAAUCCUUUCCUCUGAAUGGAGCAAGAUAAACCUCUUCCACUUGAGCACCCUUUCCAAGUCUCCUGAUCAUUUCCCUCGCAAACAGCCUCAGAGUUAAGAAUAGCAUAAUUGUGGCUUUUCCAGUGUAGCGUGAGUUUAUGGAAGGCUUUGAUGUUUCUCUUUUUUUUCUUUUUUUUCUUUUUUUCUUUUUUUUUUUAUUUCUUGAGUUUUCUUUCUUUUCUUUUAUUUUUUCUUUUUUUUUCCCUUUACCAUUUUUUCUUUUUCUUCUUUUUAGUUUGAAGUAACACUGGUCUCAUGUAAUUAGGGGUUGGGCUGACUGGAAGUCUUCCUGCAGACAGUUCCCAGGUUAAUGCUGUCAAUUGGAAGCUCUUGAGGUGCUGCAGGGAGUAGGUGCAUCCUGCAUGGAAAUGACUCCAGGGCCAUUUAAACUAAAAACAGAGGUAGGCAGCUCUGGAUAGGAAAACUCUGCCUUACCCCAGGCACUGUCUGUGGUUUUCCUUGUGCCUGUGCUGCUGGCUUUGCCACCAGCCAUGUGUCAGCAUCUGGCUAACAGCUUAGGAAAGUGGCAGUAGCUUCAGCAUCCCAUGACCACAGUCAGAGUCCCUCAGUAGCACAGCUGCCAUGUGAGCAGAAAGGAUCAGAGCAAUUCUGUCUUGGCAGGUAGAGGGGAAAAAAGCAGAUAGGCCUGUAAAAAUAAUUACUUUCUGAGAUAUAUAAGCCUGAUAAGCUGUUUCUGUGAGCCUCUCCUCUACUCUUUAAAAACAAAACUGUGCCAUUUGUAUAGGAUUUGAAUUUUUUUUUUUUGUGUGUGUGUGUAACAAUAGUGUGUGGUGCUUUUCAGAGUGAGGUUUUUGUUUCCAGUAGAAGUAAUGUCCUAUCUCACUUGCCAGCCCUCUUGGUCUCAGGAGGUCUCAGCUCCAAAGGCAUGACACCCUGCCUGCUGUCCCUCUACAGUCACUGCUGCUGUAGCAGUAUCUGGGAACUGACUCAGUAUGAGUGUAGGUGUGUGAGGCCUAAAUAUGAGGUGAUAUAACGUUUUUUCACAGACCAGAGUUUGGUAGUCCAGAGGACCAGGAGCCCUGUGUUAACCACCAUGGGAACCGUGGGCCUGUGCAGGGGCCAGUAUAAAGUGACAGUUCAGGUACAAUUAGCACUUGGGUGUGGAAGUUAUUUUAUUGGCAUGGUGCCUGUUUUGUAAGGGUUUGCCUUUGUUAUUGUUUGGUUUGGGUUUUUUAACUUUUUGUAUGUAUUGUGAGAGCUCACUUGGCUUGUUUCCCAGUAAAAGGAAGUAAAAUCCUUUGUCUAGUUUAAGCAGAUGUGACAGUGCAGAGCAUAAGCACAAGAGCAAGAUAAUGGUUUUUUAUUCUACCCGUUAUCAUACAAAAAACAGUAGCAGUUAUUUUUGCUUUUCUUCUUGAAUCCUAGAUUGAGAGAGAGAUGCCAAGAUGACUUUUUGCUUAGACUUCUAAUUUAUUUUUUUUUUUACCUACUGUGUGAAUUUGUUUUCAGAAACAAGAAGACUGAUGUUGGUUUUCCAUGCAGCUGCAUUGAAGUUUAAAGCAAUGAAAUGUAUGUCCUAACAUACCUGGACAACUCUUAACACUUCUUUGUUUUUAAAUGGGACUGUCAUUGGUGUCUUUAAUAUCAAAUUCACCGUAUGAUCUAGGUUAUGGUAUAUUCAGGAUGAUCAGAAUGAAUUACCCCAUGGAAUGGAGGCAGUUGGAAAGUAUUUAUGUGGUAAUUUGAAGAGUUUUGGUAUCUGGUGGUGAAGGACGGUACUCAAACACAAGGCCAGUGAAAGGCAAACACGUUACUUGCAGGGUCAGGCACAGCUGCACCUUGCUGCUGUGUUACAGCUCAGAGCGAAGAGCCAUUGCAGUUGGAGAGUUGCCUUGGAGUGCAAAACCAAUUAUGGCAAAUAAGGUUUUACACAGACCCCUUGCUUUGCUGAGGCUCCCCAGUGUGUGUGAGGCUGCUGCAAAGCAGAGCUGGCACUGGCAGUGGCCAGGGUGUACUCCCAGAUAUAAUACAGGACGACUUUGCAGUUUGUGCAGGGCUGAGCUAAUUGGCAAAGGCUCUCCUUGGCUGUGCAGCCUCCCUGAGGAGCCAGCAAAGGAUGACACUGCCAGAUCCCAGUCCCUGGAAACUCAUUUAUGGAAAGAAGGCAAAGGUGAACAGACCUGUCCUGUGCCACAGAAACAGGAAAGGGCAUUAGUGAAUUAAAAUAGAUUGACCCAAGAGCUGCUCAUGCCAGCCUGAUGUUUGCAGUUUGCAGCUGUGGGGUCAGGAGCACCUCUGCAGUGCUGGGGGCAGCCAGGUGUGCCCAGAGACAGGCUGGGGCUGUGGGGAGGAAGUGGCAGAAUAAGGAUCUGUGUCCAGCUCAGAGCUCAUACCACAUGCUGGCCCCAACCCUGCUCCCCCAGGCCAUCAUCCCCCUGCUCAUGCUGUUGUCUUCUCCCUGCUGCCGAUAGACAGAUCAAAAGCACCAUUGAUCUCCCUCAGCUGCUGGUCCCACAGGUAACUGAAAACUGAAUGGGUGGAGUACAAAGUUUGUCUGGCUUCUCUCCUGCUAAUUGUAGUCUCCUUUCUCAGGGAGUCUUCCUUGUUCCUGCAAGGUGCAGGUGAGCCACACAGUCCUUAGCUGCCCUGCAAAGGGGCAGUCACUUUCUGUGGGGUAGUGAAACACCUGGCCUGUCCCAUGUGGGUGUGGAACACUGCAGGCAUGUGUCACCCUCUGGCAGUAGCCAGGGCCUUCAGUGAAGCAGGAGCUCGAGGCAGUACAGGUCCAAUCUUGGGCACUUCUUGGACUGGUCGGCAGGUAGGAGCAGAGUUGCUCAGAAAGCAGGAGAGAGAUGCUACCAGUGGUGGCAUCCGCAGCUGUAGGGUGAGAGCUUGGCACUCAUCUGCAGACUGAUUCAGGCACUGCUUAAAGGACCAGUCACAUCUGGUGAUGUGACUUAGCAGCACAUGAAGUAGAUGCUGCAUAGAAUCAUGACUGAAAAAAAGGGAUUGAGGAUGGUGGUUAUAGAAGAGCUUCAGCUCAGUUUGGAUAUAAGUACAAGCAGCAGCGCUUUUUCCCACUCCCUGGUUCAGUCAAGUGGCAUUUAUUCCCAACAUUAGAAGUUUCACAGUUACUCCCCCUGCCACCCCCCUUCUGUCAGGGGUCACGGGGCUCUUUUUGGCUGCCAGCAGCUGACAGGACAGUGCUUUCUUUUUUUGGCUCAAUGAUUCAGCUCCUCUCAUACCGCAGUUCUGCAUCCCCAAAAGGCUCUCACUGCCUGCCCAGUGAAGCUGUGCUGAGACUGUACCUUGGCAUCCCCUCUCAGGAACUGAUCCCUUGAGGCCAGUCCCCUUCAUGCCAGGAUCAGGAAUGUGGGGGGGACAUCACACUGGAGGCUGCCAGCCAUCCUUCAGAGCUCCUGUGUCUUGCUGUACAGCCUGGCUUUGUCCUGUUUACUGGGGCAGGUGGCAAAGGGGGACUGCAGAGCUGCAGUGUCGAUUUCCACCUUGUCACUUCACACCCACUGCAUGGAAGCCAGCAGUGGGAAGCAAGAUCCCACCACACUCAGUGGUGUUUGGCCAUUGUAAGUGGAGCCUUUUUGUCACUCCACUGGAAUAAGGUGGGAUUGAUCAUCACAGUGCAUAGAUCAGAAUAACUGCAUGCUAAAAAUAUACAUUAUGUAUUACCAAUGCCAUUAAAGUUUUACUGUAAAUUUU